UCCAUUUGUUUUUGAUCGAGAAAAAUUAACUCUAUUUUCUAAAGCUGUGGCCGUGGCGUGGUGGAUGGAGGAACCGUCAUUGUGCAGGAUUUUGAGGAGCCAGACGUGAUUCUAUUGGAGGACUGUCUUCAUACAUGUUCUACAGGGACAUUUUCAAUUAAAGAAAUUUAAUUUGUACAUGCAGUCCACAAUGUAAACCAGAAUUUAUCAGAAGCAUUGGAAUCAAAUUGCCUAAUUUGGAAUAAAUUCAACCAUCAAAGCGUCACUUUAAACGUUACUCCAAGAAAUUCAACCAUCAAAGCGUCACUUUAAACGUUACUCCAAGAAGUUCAACCAUCAAAGCGUCACUUUAAACGUUACUCCAAGAAGUUCAACCAUCAAAGCGUCACUUUAAACGUUACUCCAAGAGAAGAAUCAUCAUGGCCUAUCGGCAACCCCUCCCCCUCUCCACGAGGAUCAGAUCCAGGCAGCGAUGAGCCUGGCGGCUACUGUGAAGGGGCGUCUCCCGCCCCACGGCGUCUCCCCCCGGGGCGGGGAAGGGGGUCACAUGACGGACCAGAGGGCCAAGGCGGUGCUGAAGGAAGCGGUGGAUGCGGUGGUGAACAGCUUCGCUAAACACACGCAAGGUUAUGGAAGGGUAAACGUCGUUGAGGCUUUGCAAGAAUUCUGGCAGAUGAAAGCAGCAAGAGGAACAGAAUUAAAGAACGGCCCGAUCGUUGUAUAUGAGUCCGUCCCCUCGUCCAGUGCACCAUACGUCUGCUUUGUAACCCUCCCCGGGGGAAGCUGUUUUGCAAGUUUUCAGGACUGUCCCACCAAGGCAGAGGCAAGAAGGAGCGCAGCUAAGAUAGCCCUCAUGAACUCAGUCUUCAAUGAACACCCAACCAGGAAGAUCACAGACAAGUUCUCACAGCAAGCCGUCGAUGAUGCCAAGAAAUCAUUUGAGGGCCCCAUUGAAGACGAGCAAGACCCUAGCACCAGUCUGGGUGCCUUCCGCUUCAUGCUCGAAGCCAACCGUGGCAAGUCCAUGCUGGAGUUCCAAGAACUGAUGACAGUCUUCCAACUACUCCACUGGAACGGCAGCCUCAAAGCGAUGCGUGAGCGCGACUGCUCGCGACAGGAGGUCCUCGCCCACUACUCUCACCGGGCGCUCGACGACGACAUGCGGUCCCAGAUGGCGUUAGACUGGAUCUCGCGGGAGCAGGAAAUGGCCAACAUCAUCGCCCGCGAGCUGGCGGUCGCCGACGAGGAGAUUGAACGGGCAAGGCAUGCUGGGAGGGAGCUCAGGUUUCCGAAAGAGAAAAAAGACAUUUUGAUGUUGGCUUGUAGCCAGAUCGGUCCAUUGUAGAAAAUCCUUUUGUAGUCCAGAAUGCACAGGUUACUCUCUACCAAAAACUCUGACUGCAUUUCUUUUAAAAGUGCUGAUUUUUAAUGGCAUGGUAUCUUACUGACAUUGCUACCACUGCUUAAUGUAUUUGCAAUUUCACCAUCUUUAUUCUUUUGAUGAAGGUGUACGUGGAGUAAUUUUCUGUUUUCUGUACCCAAGCAUCAUCAUGCAUGCAUCAUCAGUUCUUGAUGCAUUCUGGGAUAUGGCUGUCGACCCAUCAACACAGAUGGCAGUAUAUACAUGUAGAAAUCUGAAGUUGUGUCAUUAGAAUACCCUGUCGUUAAACCAUAUUCUGACAUUUAUCAAAUUUUAUUCUUACAAAACUCUUCGUUUUGCUUUGUUUCUUAACACUUGUCACAAUAUGAGUACUGUAAACAAACAGUACUUUGUUGAAUAGUACUACAUAGAACCUUUGAGAGAAAUACACAUUUCCAUAAUGUGAUAUUUGACAUUUGUCUUCUGUAAAAUGUAUAGUGGGACCAAAAUUAUCUGGAUUUUUCCUUACAAAUCAUUUGAAUCAAUAUGCUUUUCUGGCUGGGAGUUCUGUUGAAUAUUUGCUAGUGCAAGCUUUAUUAAAGAGGUUAUAGAGAAACUCUACAAAGUUUCAGGAACCUUAUUUUAGCUUUGGAUUCAUGACAUUACAUAAUACAUGUAUGAUGAAAUUCAUUAUAAUGUUUCAGUUUGGGUUCACUGCACUAUAGUUAUAGGGCUUUGACAUUAGGAGAUAAGAAAUCUAUAACAUUGCGAGUUGAUCGGAACAGACAGGCACAAACAAAACAGUACUCUUUCCUAAUCAGUUUAACUGUCAUUUGAACAGUGCUAUUUGGGGUUUAUCAGGAUAACAAAGCUUUUACAAUUCUUUGUUUAAAUUUAUUGAAGUGUCUUUUGAACAAUACUAUUGUACUGAUAUUUUGAAAAUACAUUUGAUGUUUUGGUUAUAAAGGAGAUUUUAUAGAUAUCAAACAGUACCUUGAACGGAAGCUACAUUUUGUAACUUCUUUGAAUAUUUGAACUUUAUUUUUGAAUGAUGUAGACUUUCUGUGUCGAAUAACUUUGUUGAUGCGUCAUUCAAUGCCUUGUAUUCAUUUCCACUAGGCUCUGACUCAGAUUCACUUGUUGGGAAAUAGUGGUGGCUUAAAUCAAUAAUAUCUAGGUACAGUCAAACCUGCUUUAGUGACCACCUGUCUACAGAGACCACAUUUUUUGUUUCCCUUGAAAAUGGUUUCUUAUUGAAACAUGUACUAAAGGAACCUGUCUACAAAGACCAUCUGCAUACAAAGAUCACUGUUUGUGUUUCCCUUGGCGGUCGCUUUAGACAGGCUCGACUGUAUAUCAGUUGUCGCAUUGUUGGAUAGUACGAUAAGACUUGUAUUGUGUAUUGUUACUUUGGGAACAUUUCAUACAAAUAUAUUUGGUCUUGACUUUGUCGGUGUCAUUAGGGGGAAAAUAUGAAGUAAGGAAGGUUAUUGGAGACUAGAUUACAUGGAUAUUGACGAUAGCUUGAUAUUAACCGAAAAUGUAGAAUAUUUGUUUUUCACUCUGUCUCAUGCAGACAAAAUAUAUUGUAGAGGUACAAAUAUGUUUGCUCAAAUAUAAAAACAGAUAGGAAAAUAUCUUAUUCUACAACUACAGAGCUGCCAACCAUUCCAUUUUUGCAGGAAUUACUCUGUUUUUUUCCUCCAAAUUA